AUGUCAUUCGAUAUUCUAGUUCCUUCUGAGAGAGAGGCCCUUGGUGUCACCGACACCUUCUUUGCCGCCAUGGACAUCAACCUGUUGAUGCACGCACAAUUUCCCAACCCUGAGAGUAAGGAAUUUUUCCGAGGCUGGCUUUUCAGAGAUACUAUGGAUCAUGUCCAAAGCGUCGACAAGGGUGUUCUCGUUGCACGCGACCCAAAGACCGGGAAAAUAGCGAGUUUCGCUAAGUGGAACGUUCAGCGGCAACAGCGGUCGCGAGAAAUGGAAGAAGAAGAGGAAGCCGAUGAUGAUGAGUUCCCAGACUUCUGCCGCCGUCAAUACCUUGGCCCCUACGCGGAUCUUACUAAGAGUAAGAGAGACAAGGUCCUGGGUGACAAGACUUAUUACCAUGUGACAUAUCUAUGCACAGAUCCCAAGUUCAAUGGCCGAGGGGCUGCGUCGACUUUGCUUCGUCGAGUGCAGGCUGUGGCCUCCAAGGAGAAUGCACCAGUUAUUCUCGAGGCUACCAUGAAUGCGGUCUCGUUUUACCAAAAGCAUGGCUUCCAGGUCCGAGAAGAGCUAAAUAUGCUGCUCCCAGUUCGUGGUUCAGAUGAACCAACUGAAAACUACGAAGAGAGGGUCAUGGUUUGGACACGAGACUGA